UGAGGUGAAGGCCAUGUCCAUGGGGGAAAUAGCCACCAGCUCUCUGGGAAGCCUGAGCUCAGUGGAUAUGAACAUCCCUGCGGAGCUCCGUGACUACCUGGAUGUCGGGACCCCGGUCAAGUCGCGUGACAGCCCACCCAGGCCUGCUCCCCCUCCUACCAAGCCCAGGAGCAAACUGCCUCGGCCUAUAAGGUUCCUUAGCCUGCCAAAGGCUGCCACCGGCUCAGACAAGAAGGCAGCCAGUGAGCCAAAGGGCCAAAUGAAGAAUAGUCAGGACCAGGCCAGAUUGCAGCCCCUGUCCAACCCAGAGCAGGCCCUGACUAAGACCUUCAAGCUGCUCCACUCUGCCUCUGAUGACUGGGAGAAGAAGAUCGAGGGCUUGACCUCUCUCCGUGUGAUGGCUCAGAACCACAUGGACAUACUGAUGCCUAAACUCCAUGAUAUCUGCCAUGCCAUUAUAAAUGAGGUGAAGAACCUGCGCUCUGCAGUGUCCUGUGCUGCCAUGGCCACACUGGGUGACAUGUACGUUCACCUCCAGAGGGCCAUGGACAGUGAGGUGGAGGGGACGGCACGCGUGCUGCUGCACAAAGCCAGCGAGGCCAACACCUUCAUCCGGCAGGACGCCAACUUUGCCCUGGGUCACAUGGUGCAGAGCUGA